UCAGUCCGGCCGCGUCUUCGUCCGGCCGCGUGACAUUGGAUCCCAACUUCGCACCCCACACUAUAUCCAUCGAGACUGCACCCACGAGCUCAUCGUAAUGCUCGUGAGAGUCAGAUCCAAGGAUGGCAGCUUUCGCUUUCCUCUGGAACCUACAGAUGACGUCGCAAAGCUCAUCGACAAGGUCCUCGAGACGGCACCCAAUGCCGACGCAGCAACGUUGACCUUCUCCAAUGAGCCCAGAGGUGGCGAGCAAGACGCCAAUGGCCUCAAGGGCAAUACAUUGGGCGAUCUAGGCAUCACUCACGGCCAUCUCCUCUACAUCGCAUACAAGGAGCAAGCGCAGAAGCAAGUCGCCAGUCAAGAGCAGCCAGACGAGCAGCCAUCCUCAUCCAACGCUGUAAAUGGCACUCCAGCUAUCACUCCUGCCGCCUCAGCGUCAGGCUCCUCUGCGAAGCCUGUCUCCCUCACAAGACCAUGGGAGAACGUUCGAGAGGACGCAGUUGAUGCUUAUUGGUCCAGAAAGGACGGCAUGAUUCCACGACCAAAGGACACAAAGUUUUGCCGACAUGGCGACAAGGCGAUGUGCGACUACUGCAUGCCUCUCGAACCAUACGACGCCAAGUAUCACGCCGAGAACAACAUCAAGCAUUCUUCCUUUCACGCCUACCUCAAGAAGCUCAACAUCGCCACAAACGCCUCUAAGCCAGCGCAGACGUACAUACCGCCACUCGAGGAACCUAACUACAGCGUGCGAGUACCUUGCCCUUCAGGCCAGCACCCUCCUUGGCCAGCGGGCAUCUGUACCAAAUGUCAGCCAUCAGCCAUCACCCUCCAAUCUCAAGAAUUUCGCAUGGUCGACCAUGUCGAGUUCUCACAUCCACAACUCAUCGAGAAUCUCCUCGCAUUCUGGAGGGCGACAGGCACACAACGGUAUGGUUUCCUCCUUGGCCACUAUGAGCCGUACGAGGUGGUGCCAAUGGGCAUCAAGGCAGUCGUCGAGGCCAUUCAUGAGCCCCCUCAGGAGGGAGAGACAGACGGCUUGACUCUGGGGGUGCCAUGGGAGGACCAAGCACGAGUGGAGCGUCUCGCAUCAGCCUGUGGCCUACAGGUCGUCGGGCAGAUCUACACCGACCUCACACCGGCCGAUCCAACGUUCACAGACCCAUCCAAGGCCGGCCUCGUCCUCUGCAAACGCCACAAGGACUCCUUCUUCAUCUCCUCUCUCGAGACGACUUUCGCCGCCCAAUUGCAAGCAGCCAACUCCAAUCCGAGCAGACACAGCAUGACGGGACGCUUCGGCAGCAAGUUUGUUACUUGCGUCUUGAGCGGCACAGAAGAGGGAGCAAUCGACGUUUCUGCGUACCAGAUCAGUGAGCAAGGAGUGGGGAUGGUCAAGACGGACAUGAUUGAGGCGAGCGUGAGCCCGGGAAUUGUGCGGGUCAAGCCGAGCGAAGGGGAGAGAUACGUUCCCGAGGUCUUCUAUCGUUACAAGAACGAGUACAAGAUCGACGUCAAGGAAUCGGCAAAGCCUACCUUUCCCGUCGAGUAUCUCCUAGUCACCUUGACCAAUGGUUUCCCCACACAACCUUCGCCACGUUUCCUGUCGACGACGCCCUUUGCAAUCGAAAACAGGCCGGGUCUACACGAUCAGGACCUCAACAAGGCGCUGGCGGCGAUUGCGAGUGCAAUCGGCGGCGAGGAUGAGGACCUGGACGCGGGGGCGAACGCUGAUAUGAAGAGGCAAAAGCUGGUAGGCGUGCUGAGCGACUGGCACCUUGUCGCAUUUCUCGACAGCAGCGACAUGCUCGAGCCCAAGGACGUCGAGGCCCUCUGUCGCGUAGCGGUCAGCCAUGAUGAGGGAAAAGCUCUCGACGAGCUGCGCGAGCGGGCAGGGUGGAAGAAUCUCAUCGCCAUUGCGAGGGCCAACGUUGCGAAUGGAAUAGGCAACAGCAAUGGAGCUGCGCCUUCUACCAGUACCUCUGCUCCAGCCGACGAGUUCACCUAUACCGGCUCAGACGAUGAGGACAUGAACUUUGAAGAUCUCGACGACGACGACGACGAUGGGGGUAGCGUCGGCGGAUUCGAGGACGCAAAUGAUGAUGCGUUCGAAGAUGCUACGAGCGCAGUGAGUGCAGAGAGAAGAGGCGGGCGCAGUUCCACCUCGACUCGAACAGCUCCUGCGCCUGCGCCUGCGCCGGCUGCUGCUCCACCACAACCACCGGCGGCCGCGGCGGCGCCGUCGAUGGUUGCCUGCCCUCAUUGCACCUUUGAGAAUGCGCCAGGCUCGUCGGACUGUGAUGUUUGUGGGCUGCCACUGUCAGGAUGA